GUUGUUUCAUUUCCGUGUCUUACAGUCAGACUGUCACCGUUCGUCUUCACUCAGACAGUGACUGACAGCUGAGGGGGCGGAGCCAGCAGAGACGACAGCAGCCAUGUUGGUUCUUCUCUGGUUACUGAUCCUGAUGACGACGAUGAUGAUGAAGAGUGAUGCGGCCUCUGCAGAGAUCGUCACAGCACGCAGCGGCGGCGCCGUCCUGCUGACGCCACCCCUGCAGGCGGCGAGGAACAGACAGGACAUCAGGUGGACCCACCCCCGCCUGGUGAUGUCACUGAAGAACAACGUGACCACGUGUCAUCACGGGCGCUGCGAGCUGCUGAGCGACGGCUCGCUGAGCUUCAGCCGCGUUCAGAGCGACGACUCAGGGAGCUACAGCCUGGAGGUGUUUGACCAGGACGGGACGCGACUGCUGAGGAAGGACUUCCUGCUCACUGUGGAGGACCACAGCAACAGCAGCAGCAGCAGCAGCAGCAGCAGUGUGGUGGUGUCUGUGUUGGUCUGCUGCAUCCUCCUGUUGCUGCUGCUCUUCAUCAUCUUCUUCAUCCUCAGGAGGAGGAAGAGGAGCCAGAGGACAAACCCCACAGGUCCAUUGGAGGAAAAUGUUUAUGUGACAAUGCACGGUCACCAUGGCAACAAGGGGAAAGCUAUAGAGGAGAAGCAGGAGUCUCAUUAUGUUCCAUGUCAUCCUGUUGUUUCCAUGGAAACACCAAUCACAGAGCAGAUGUCUGAGGAUGUAGAAGAUGUCUACGUGUGAUGACCAAUCAGAGAUCAGCUUGUUUUCACCUCAGCUCACCGUUAGUUCAUCGUCCACUGUCGUCCGGUGUUCAUUUUUCAACUAUUAUUAUUAUUUUUGAUAAAUAAAUAUAAAGUGAACUUAUGUAGGGAGCCUUUAUAUGAUUCUGUUAUUUUAUCUUUGUACUUUUAUUUAAACUGUUUUUUUUUUCAUCAGGGAGUUGCUUCCA